AUGUCACGUGCACUGCCUAUUUGCGCACAUGUCGUUGUCUGCCUCGUUCCUCCCUUGCUCCUUACCGACGCCACCACCUCAUACAAUGGAAUGCCUGAGGGAUCACUGCGAUUCAAGGGAUACUCCCAGUACUUGGACAUAAAUAUCCGCUCUACUCUCCCUGACCUACUCACAAAAGCUGAUGGUCGGUUCUUUGCGGUUUCGCGAGUCUGCUGGUCCGCCAUAUUGGCAACGUCAGGUCGAUUUGUAGAAGUUCUCCGACAUCUGAUAUGUCCGGGUUAUGUGUCAAAGUUCCAGAAUUCCUUGGCGCUCAAAUCCAUCCGCCGCCAGACCAUCUCCAAAGUACUCGCAACGAUCACUUUCGGCCUUCAAUGA